AUUAAAGCACCAAUACUAUAUAGCAUAGUAGAAGUGCUCCACUUUCAUAAUGUGCCUUUGAUUAUUGUACAAAGUUCAUGGAAAUGGAAUAGUUGGGAAUGUCGGAUAAAGAUCUCCACAUAAUUAACCACAAGUAAUUAAGUAGUCUAUAUGUGUUGAAAUACCUCAGGGUUUGAGAUGGAUGUUAGGGAAUGAUCCUAGGGCAUGCUCCAUGGAUGACCUCGUAGGACCUCUCUUUCGAGGCAAGCUCAUCUACAUAUGCGUGGGUUUUAGAGAUUUUCGUUAAAAGCGUAUUAAACGUCAGAUCUAAUACAUUUAUCUGUAGAUGUGCUUUUAGUGAUAGCUUUUAGAUUUCAUAUGUUAGGGAUUUUGCCGUGGCCAAGGAAACAUACUAAAAGAUGAAUCAAUUAACUUAGUAGGCACGUGCGUGCAUAGACACAUGUUCAUAUAAAAAAAGAGGUGACACUAUUGAUAGAGAGGAUCUGCUAGACAAACCAAACCCUGACACAUUUACAUGCAAUGCAUUUCAACUUUUUCUUAGUAAAAUAAAUCUCGCGUGGCGUCAUAGGGCCUCUUUCGACACAUAUAGGGCUCUCUACGAUGCUUACUAGAGACCUGUAAAACCUACCUCCUGGUCCCAUAGUUGAAGUUAGGGCCCAUAAGUUUCAUACGGUACCAUCUCAUAAGACUCUUUGCUCAAUUUUGCUUCUGAGAUGGUACCAAGGUUGUCAACCUGCGGGCUGACCCGGACCCGGUCAAGCUAGUGGGUUAAGGGUUAAAGGGUUAACCAUUUUAGCUCGUUUGGCCCGGAAAUAUGAAAAGAGUUAUUAUAUUGUAUUUAUCCUGAUAAAUUAUAUCAAAUCUUAUAUAACAUAUGAGUUAUAACAUAUAAUAUUACACCAAAAUAACAUAUCGUACUUAAAUCCAACAUAUAGUGGAAAUUCACACACACUUAUAUAACAUCAAUAUUCAAAUGUUCAACUUAGGAUUCCAAAGAUUGAGUUAGGCGAUAAGAAAAAUCGAUAAAUAGGCGCAUUUCGCAAACCAAAGAAAAAAAUGACACAAUUUGACCUCUAACUCGGUACCUUGUAGCGGUCGACUCGACAGGUGCGUGCAGCCCGUUUUUCUCACCGGGUCAGAGUUAAAUUGGGUCGACCCGCGGGUUGACAACCUUGGAUGGUACCAUCCCUGGUCUUAUCCAUCUUUAGUCAAUGGCGGGUGACGUGGGUUCAUCAAUGGAGUGGCAGGCAGGCCACCGUUGGUGAAUACUGAAUACAACUAACUUGCUUACACCAGAUCCCAAACCCAAACCCCGGCCGCCACCACCAAUGGCCAGAAGCCACCACCGCUAUUACCGACAUGAAAGGUCGAUAGAUAAUGCACCGGAUCUCUUUAUAAAGAGAGAAAAUACAAGCCGUCUUUUUCUCUUCCCCCGCCACUCUGUCUACUUUCCCUUUUCCUUUUAAUUCUCUCGGAGACCAAACAACCCCUGGAGCUUUCUUCCAUCCCUCUGUGGGAAAGAAGAGACGGAAAUUUGCUAUUAAUUCAUACCCCAUAAAUAAUUAAUAUUUCAUUUAUAGUAAACCGGAUUACGGGGGAAUAAUUAAUGAGGAGGAGGAAAACCAAACGGCAGCUCCGGCAGCAGUUCCUUCCCGUCUAAUAAUCUUCUUCUUCUUCUGUCUCUGUUUUCCCCUUCUUUCCCGCCCUUCCCUCCGGUUCCGGCAGAUGCUCAGGCGGCUGCUCGCCGCCCCGCCGCUGCCAUGAAGAAGGAUCACCGGCGGAAUCGUGACGACGUCGUAUGGAGCAGGUUCUUCUGGUGCACGAUCUUCAUCGUCAUCUCUUGCGUCCUCUUCACUGGCUUCAAUUUCUCCUCCUUCCGUUUCCUCUUCUUCCCUCCUCCUGAGAGGCUGCAGCCGGAGAUAGUACCGCGAUGGCGGAUGGAUGCCGUGGCUACCGCCGCCGGCCACGGACACGACUCUCCCCGGAAGUUGGACGGGAAGGAGAAGAAGGUGUGGAUUCGGGAGACGGUUAUCCUUCCUGACCAGGUUCUGCUUUUCCUAAACUACCCUCCCUCCUCCGCCGCCACGUCACCACGUUUAUUGACUCGCGACGAUCUCGAUUGCGUCUACAACUUCUCCUCCUCCCCGACGGCGAGGCAAAAGAACGCCUCGCGGCCGCCCAACCGAGUCGACGGGGAGAUCGUUCGGUGCCCCCUGCUCGACCGCUCCGCAGCCGUUUCCCUCUCGGUGAAAUCGGCCGACGCAAACGCCGGCGGAGAAAUUCUUCUAAACGCGCGUCCAGCUCGCGCGUGGCAUUCCCUGGCGUACGAGGCGCUGAUCGACCGCGACAACACCACGGUGGUCUUCGUGAAAGGGCUCAAUCUACGGCCGGAUAAGCUCUACAACGUGUCGCGAUUCGAGUGCGUGUACGGCUGGGAUUUCACUAGGCCCAAGUUCAUCCUGCGGUCAGAAGUCAUCUCGAUCGCUCAAGAGAUCGCACGGUGCAGAACGCCCCUCAGCCUCCUGACCAAUCCCUUCAAUAGCUCAAUCAAAGUCACCGUCCGGGUCAAAGGCAGGGUAACCCUCAAUUCCGUCGCCCAGCCCCGACCCAACCCCGAACCAAAACUCGGGCCAAAACCGCACCAAUUGUGCAUCUGCACGAUGCUCCGGAAUCAAGCCAAGUUCAUCAGAGAAUGGGUGAUGUAUCACGACGAGAUCGACAUCUCUCGAUGGUUCAUCUACGACAACAACAGUGAAGACGAGAUCGAAUCUGCGAUCACGUUGUUGACCGGUUCCGGUUACAACAUUUCCCGCCAUGUCUGGCCGUGGGCGAAGACUCAAGAAGCCGGGUUCGCCCACUGCGCGAUACGAGCUCGCCCUUCCUGCGAGUGGGUUGGGUUCAUCGACGUGGACGAGUUCCUCCACCUCCCAUCGGGCCAAUCGCUGCCUGAAUUCCUCACCAAUCUAACCGAAGGAACGAGCGGACGACUCCUACUCCCUUUCCAAGUUGGGGAAGUUCGGGUGGCCUGCCAUAGCUUUGGUCCAUCCGGUCUAACCCAACCCCCAACCAAGGGCGUGAUUGCGGGCUACACCUGCCGUUUAUUCGCGCCCGAGAGGCACAAGAGCAUAGUGAGGCCCGAGGCAUUGAACUCGUCGCUGGUGAAUGUAAUCCACCAUUUCCAUCUCGGGGAAGGGUUCGGAUUCGUGGACGCGGAUCGAGCCACGAUGGUGAUCAACCACUACAAGUACCAGGUUUGGGAAGUGUUCAAGGAGAAGUUCUACAGGCGGGUGGCGACGUACGUGGCGGAUUGGCAGGACGAGCUGAACGUCGGGUCGAAGGAUCGGACACCUGGGUUGGGGACCAGAGCGGUUGAGCCGGAUGAUUGGUCGAGCCGGUUUUGCGAGGUGAAUGAUACCGGGUUGAGGGAUGAGGUGGUGAGACGAUUUUCGGAUCCGUUGACGGGUACUCUGCCGUGGGAGGAUGAAGCCGAGACUAUGCGGCAGGGCUUGUGAAGAUGGAUGGCGAGUUUUGGUGAUGUUUGUAGCUUUGUUUGGUGGUUCAUUCUAUUUGUAGAUAUAGAAGGAAGGGUGCAUACUGUGUUUACAUGUAACAACCAGAGGGAGAGAGGGAAAUCAGGUGAUUUGGCUCGUGUACAGUGGGUUAAUUUAGAAUAGAGGUAUUUGAUUAUGAUCCUGAAUUAGUGGUGGUUUUGGGUUGAACCAAUUUUCAGGAAUGUACAAAGCACAAUCGACGAUUAGAUUUUACCUCUGAUUGAAUUGGUUAAUUUUAUUGAGUUUUGAUUUACUACAUUCAAGAUUUUAUUCUAACCUGAUUUCAUUGGUCUAUUCAGAGGGGGGAAAUUAUGUACUGGAGAUUGCAUUAUAUAAAAUGUGUUGUUGAUCGGGUUCUGAUAAAAAUUCUAGAUGCUC